AUGUCGCACCUCUUUCCGCGGCCUGAGGUGCUCAAGGGGUCCAUCUAUACCCCAAUGGAAGGUAAAAUAUCCAAGCCGACACCACACCAGGCCCGACCUGAGCUCUUCAGCGUGUAUUCCGUCGUCGAAGAUGCAAAGGAUAAAGCACAGAAGCUCAGCGCAGAAGCUACAAAAGAAUUUGAAAAGGCUAGCUCUGCUGCCCAGUCCAAGGCUGGUAAGAUUGAGCUCUACUCCGGCAAGUAUUACGCUGCUUGUACUUUUGGCGGUCUCAUGGCAUGCGGCCUCACUCAUACUGCCGUCACGCCCCUCGAUCUCGUCAAGACCCGUCGACAAGUCGAUUCCAAGCUCUACACGAGCAACUUCCAGGCAUGGGGCAAGAUUUACCGCGCUGAAGGAUUUCGCGGAAUUAUGACCGGUUGGAGCCCAACGUUCUUUGGAUACAGUGUCCAGGGAGCUUUCAAGUAUGGUUGGUAUGAAUACUUCAAAAAGACGUACAGCGACAUGGCCGGACCAGACGCCGCAUACAAGUACAAGACUGGUCUCUACCUGGCUGCCUCUGCCUCUGCUGAAUUCCUUGCUGACAUUGCUCUCUGCCCCUUUGAAGCAAUCAAGGUGAGAAUGCAAGGCACGAUUCCCAAUCCUUAUUCUGGCACGUUCCACGGCAUCAGCACCAUUACCGGCAAAGAGGGUUGGGGUGGCCUUUACAAGGGACUGUAUCCGUUGUGGGGACGUCAGAUUCCAUAUACAAUGAUGAAGUUUGCGUCCUUUGAGACCAUCGUCGAAAUGAUUUACGACCGCCUUCCCGGACAAAAGAGCGACUACAGCAAGGCUGCCCAAACCGGUGUUUCCUUCACAGGUGGUUAUCUCGCUGGUAUUCUCUGCGCCGUUGUCUCCCACCCCGCCGAUGUCAUGGUGAGCAAGCUCAAUGCCUAUCGACAGCCCGGCGAAGCAUUUGGAACUGUCAUGGGCCGCAUCUACAAGGAAAUUGGGUUUGGUGGACUUUGGAACGGUCUCCCCGUGCGUAUCGUGAUGAUUGGUACAUUGACCGGUCUGCAGUGGAUGAUUUAUGAUUACUUCAAGAUUUUCAUGGGUCUCCCGACCACCGGCGGUCCCCCUCCCCCUGCGGAGAAGAAAUAG